GGUGCGCGCUCUCACGUGACAGGGGCGGGACCGGCCAACCAAGAUCCGGUCACGUGGGGACACGCUGCCCGCCAAUCAGGAGGCGGUGCAUCAGGGCAGGGGCGGGAGGAGCUGCGGCUUUGUGAUUGGCGGAAUGCGCCGCGGAGGCCUCAGGGGUUUGGGGCGUCGGGGAGUGAGCUAGGUGGACUGGGCUGAGUGCACCAGCGGAGACAAAGCAGUGGCCGUGGUGGCUGUGGCUGCUGUGGCGGCGGCGGCAGAGCAUCGUUAAACACCGAGUUUUGCGGAGCUGAGUCCUGACAUCAUCUCGUUUAGCGCGCGCGCCUGCGCGCGCGGGCGGCGGCGGCGGCGGCGGCAGCACAUGGUUCCAAGAGCGCGCUGCGGUUGUUGGGUUCCAAUUCCUUGGGGAGGGACAAAGGCAGCUGUGAGCUCCGGGCAACGCCCGGUUGGGUGGCGCGCUCGCCGCUGCCCUCGUUCGGGUCCUUGAAAACUGGGACUAACUUCUCUCCGCGAGGAGCAGGCCACGGGACCGAGGCCGGGGAAGGGCCUGAGAGGCUAAGGCCGCUGUCUGAGGGAAGUGGGGGAGGGGCGCGGGCCGCCUGAGGUAAUUUGGGCGGGUCGAUUGUGAGGCGUUUCAGGGGCCAGUGUGAGGUAAUUUGACCCACCACCCUGAGGAAAUUGGGGCGGGACAGCAAGCUGGGUUGGGUCGGGCUUUGAAAAAAAUCGUCAGCGCCUGGGAGUUUUUUCACCUGGGUGGUGGUGAAGCUGGAACCAGCGCCAUAUGCACUCCACGGACACCUUGGUCACCGAUUUAGGCUCUAUUUAAGGAACCUCGCAGCACUGGUGGUGAAGAUACAGGUGCUUGUUUCGUUUUCUGACAGAAGUAGGUAAAUUUCCGGUUUGGUAAGUUUCCGGAUUGGUAAAUUUCUUGAAGAGGAAAUUUGGGGGAAUAAAAAAGUCUCGAAGAAAAUGAAGAUGGAGCAGUAAUAAACCGCCGACUCAAGGACCCUCUACUCCAAGACCAUCCACAUUCGACUCAGAUUUUCCGGAUUGAGCUUUCGCAACUUAACGUUAAAAGCUCCUUAGGACUGCAGGUUUAUGAGAUCAGUGAAAUAGUUCCAAAAUAUUACGUCAUAGUCAUUGAGAAGAAAAAAAGAAGAAAUCAAUUGUAAUUUUAAACAUCUCUUUAAAUAUCUUGGAUAGAUACUAGGUAAUCUUUCUUAAGUGUCAUUAAGGAGUACAGACUUAUUAAACCUUUACUGGAAAGAAUUCUGGAAAAACCAUUCCAUUGUAAGGUUAUAUUUCCCAGUUAGUGGGUAAAAGACUGGAGACCUCCUUGCAGUUAUGGCUUUCACAAAUUACAGCAGUCUGAAUCGAGCUCAGCUAACCUUUGAAUAUCUGCAUACAAAUUCAACCACUCAUGAAUUCUUAUUUGGUGCUCUUGCUGAACUCGUUGAUAAUGCCAGAGAUGCUGAUGCCACCAGAAUAGAUAUUUAUGCAGAAAGGCGAGAGGACCUUCGAGGAGGGUUUAUGCUUUGCUUUUUGGAUGAUGGAGCAGGAAUGGAUCCAAGUGAUGCUGCCAGUGUGAUCCAGUUUGGGAAGUCGGCCAAGCGAACACCUGAGUCCACCCAGAUUGGGCAGUACGGGAAUGGGUUAAAAUCGGGCUCAAUGCGCAUUGGGAAGGAUUUUAUCCUCUUCACCAAGAAGGAAGACACCAUGACUUGCCUCUUCCUGUCUCGUACCUUUCAUGAGGAAGAAGGCAUCGAUGAAGUGAUAGUUCCAUUGCCUACCUGGAAUGCUCGGACCCGGGAACCUGUCACGGACAAUGUGGAAAAGUUUGCCAUUGAGACAGAACUCAUCUAUAAGUACUCUCCCUUUCGCAAUGAGGAGGAAGUGAUGACCCAGUUCAUGAAGAUUCCCGGGGACAGUGGGACACUGGUGAUCAUCUUCAAUCUCAAACUCAUGGAUAAUGGAGAGCCAGAACUAGACAUAAUCUCAAAUCCAAGAGAUAUCCAAAUGGCAGAGACUUCCCCAGAGGGCACGAAGCCAGAGCGGCGCUCGUUCCGUGCCUAUGCUGCCGUGCUCUAUAUUGAUCCCCGGAUGAGGAUCUUCAUCCAUGGACAUAAGGUGCAGACCAAGAGGCUCUCCUGCUGCCUCUAUAAGCCCAGGAUGUACAAGUACACGUCAAGCCGUUUCAAGACUCGUGCAGAGCAGGAGGUGAAGAAAGCAGAGCACGUAGCAAGGAUUGCUGAAGAGAAGGCCCGGGAGGCGGAGAGCAAAGCUCGGACAUUAGAAGUACGCCUAGGUGGAGACCUCACUCGGGACUCCAGGGUGAUGUUGCGACAGGUCCAGAACACAGCCAUCACCCUGCGCAGAGAAGCUGACGUCAAGAAGAGGAUCAAGGAGGCCAAGCAGCGAGCACUUAAAGAACCUAAGGAACUGAAUUUCAUUUUUGGGGUCAACAUUGAACACCGGGACCUGGAUGGCAUGUUCAUCUACAACUGUAGCCGCCUGAUCAAGAUGUAUGAGAAAGUGGGCCCACAGCUGGAAGGGGGCAUGGCAUGUGGUGGGGUUGUUGGGGUUGUUGAUGUGCCCUACCUGGUCCUGGAGCCCACACACAACAAGCAGGACUUUGCUGAUGCCAAGGAGUACCGACACCUGCUGAGAGCUAUGGGGGAGCACUUGGCGCAGUACUGGAAGGACAUUGCCAUUGCUCAGCGGGGAAUCAUCAAGUUCUGGGAUGAGUUUGGCUACCUCUCUGCCAACUGGAACCAGCCCCCAUCCAGUGAGCUGCGUUACAAACGCCGGAGAGCUAUGGAAAUCCCGACCACUAUCCAGUGUGAUUUGUGUCUGAAGUGGAGGACCCUCCCCUUCCAGCUGAGUUCUGUGGAAAAAGAUUACCCUGACACUUGGGUUUGCUCCAUGAACCCUGAUCCUGAGCAGGACCGGUGUGAGGCUUCUGAACAGAAGCAGAAGGUUCCCCUGGGGACAUUCAAAAAAGACUUGAAGACACAGGAAGAGAAGCAGAAACAACUGACAGAGAAAAUUCGCCAACAGCAGGAGAAGCUGGAGGCCCUUCAGAAAACCACACCCAUCCGCUCCCAAGCUGACCUGAAGAAAUUGCCCUUGGAAGUGACCACCAGACCUUCCACUGAGGAACCUGCACGUAGACCUCAGCGUCCUCGGUCACCCCCUUUACCUGCUGUGAUCAGGAAUGCCCCGAGCAGACCCCCUUCCCUGCAAGCUCCCAGACCAGCCAGCCAGCCCCGAAAAGCUCCUGUCAUUAGCAGCACCCCAAAGCCCCCUGCUUUGGCAGCUCGGGAGGAGGCCAGUACAUCCAGACUGCUCCAGCCACCUGAGGCACCCCGAAAGCCUGUGAACACCCCAGUCAAGACUGCUCCCCGGCCCACCCCUCUGAUGCAGCCACUGUCACCAUCUCUACUGCCCAAUUCCAAGAGCACCCGAGAGGUCUCUGCCCCCAAAGUCAUCAAGACUCCAGUAGUCAAGAAGCCGGAGCCACCCACUAAAGUCUCCCCGGCUACCCCUGGUCGAAAGCGGAGUCUUGGGGUCUCUGAUGAGGAAGAAGCAGAGGAAGAGGCUGAGAGGAGGAAGGAGAGGUGCAAGCGGGGCAAAUUUGCUGUGAAGGAGGAAAAGAAGGACUUCAAUGAGCUCUCAGACAGUGCUGGGGAAGAGGAUUCGACUGAGCUCAAGAGGGCUCAGAAAGAUAAAGGGCUGCACGUGGAGGUGCGUGUGAACAGGGAGUGGUACACGGGCCGUGUCACAGCCGUGGAGGUAGGCAAGAAUGUGGUGCGGUGGAAGGUGAAGUUUGACUACGUGCCCACAGACACGACACCAAGAGACCGCUGGGUGGAGAAAGGCAGUGAGGAUGUGCGGCUGAUGAAGCCCCCUUCUCCGGAGAAUCAGAGCCCUGACACACAGCAGGAGGGUGGGGAGGAGGAGGAGACUGGGGUGGCCAAGCAGGCUGUAGCUAUGGUGGAGCCCUCCACUUCUGACUGCAUCCGUAUUGAGCCCGACACCACCGCCCCAAGCACCAACCAUGAGACCAUUGACCUGCUCGUCCAGAUCCUUCGGAAUUGUUUACGGUACUUCCUGCCUCCAAGUUUCCCCAUCUCCAAGAAGGAGCUGAGUGCUAUGAACUCAGAUGAGCUAAUAUCUUUUCCUCUGAAAGAGUACUUCAAGCAGUAUGAAGUGGGGCUCCAGAAUCUGUGCCAUUCCUACCAAAGCCGCGCUGACUCACGGGCCAAAGCUUCCGAGGAGAGCCUGCGCACUUCUGAGAGAAAGCUCCGUGAGACAGAGGAGAAGCUGCAGAAGCUGAGGACCAACAUCGUGGCACUCCUGCAAAAGGACAUAGACAUCAACACAGAUGACGAGCUGGAUGCCUACAUCGAGGACCUCAUCACCAAGGGGGACUGAGGGUGGGAGCUGGAGAUCAGCUCCCUUGCCCACCUGCCCCUCAACUCAGCAGCUUCAGGGGUGGGGGGAUUCAUUCAUGGGGUUGGUGGACUUACCUUGAUUUGACUCACAUGGGACAAUUGUGCUUUUGGAGGGAAAGAUACUCUGAUUCUUUGAAUCUUCCUCCCUAAGUUUAUAAAUAUUUAUUUUUUAAAAGAAAAAAUAUGCUGUGCCUGUGAGACCAUAAUUUUUUUUUUUUUGGUGACUCUUGGGCAAAGGACAGAGAAUCUUUCCACUUUCACCACACCAGGUUGCCAAGCUGGAGCCACUUGAGCUCCUGGCUCCUCAAGGUGGUGGUGAGUCCAGUGCCAUCUUGAAGUUGGAGAGGCUCCAGUGGCAGGGCUUAUUUUUCUCCUAGAGGAUGAACAACAUGGGGAUCUGAGUAAUGGGGGAAGGGAGAGAGUCCCUCAGAGUGGUGGCCCCCCUGGGGGCUCACAUCCAUGGGACUCACAGGGGGCUGUGUGUCAGAGGAGGUUCCACAUUAGAGGGGGCUCUUCUCACAGCUCCCAAUUUCAUGUGAGGGAUAUGAGUGUCUGCAGAGUCAUCCUGGCUGUGGCAUUGUCCAAACAGCUUGGGGAAGAAAGAUCCUCCCAGUCUAUCUGAGUGAUUUCCUUUGUUAACCAUGAACAGUGAGGUUCCCCGUCUCAAUUUGAGUCCAGGUUGAGGUAUACAUAGAUCUGCCUUUGGUCAGAUCUCUCACCUGGGUAGCACACCAAAUGUUGGAACUCCACGGGAUUCCUCAGGGAAGGAGCUUGUGUGUGAAAAUGCUCCUGGUGCUGAGCUGGCAGAGGCCUGCAUACGUGGAUGUGGCAGCUUCAGAUGGUGCCAGUUGAUCUGGAGAGCCUGCUGCUGAUUUUUCUACUUCUUCCUCUCUGCCUGACCCUACUGAGCCCAAAUGCUCUGGGACAGACAUCCCUGCACUGGCUGCAGGGACUCCAGAGGCACCUAUGCAGGAAGCAGCACAUCAUGCCUUUCCUCCCUGCCCCAUCACAGCCCCAGAAUCUUUGUCCCUCAAGCAAUUUCUCAGGGUUGAAGACAAAGGCAAGGAUUGCUAAGUUUUGUCUUUAAUGGCCAUUGGAAGAAUUCUGGUUCAAUUUUACCCAACUCUUCUCCUAUUUGAGGCCUCUGGGUUUUCUGAAGUCACAAGAACUAUGACCAUAUACCAUUGAUCUAUGAUCCGUAUCUCUUCAGGUGGUGUGUUUCUGGCAUCUGCCCGACCCAGGCCAGCAGUGGCCACCCUGCUGCUCUGUGAGGUCUGCAGACAACCAGGAACAGUGGUGAGGGAUGCAGGCCACACUGGAAUUGGCAGUCUUUCCCCUCUUGUACAGUUGGCCAGAUAUGCCUGUGACUGGUGGGGUUUGGGCUUCCUCAGACCACAUCCCUGGGGAAUACCUCUGAAAGAGACCCUGGCCUCUUCCUGUGGAAGAUUCUAUUUCUUAAGCUGGUGAUUCCCCUCCCAUCCAGCUCGCUCUCUUCAUCCCAGGAAGCAUGUGGUCCAUUUUCAUCCCCAAACCUGUUUUAAAAGCAAGUUGGUUCUACAUUUUUACCAGAAGGUAAUAAGUUUUUUAUUUACACACAUGUAAUCAAAAUGCAUAUAAACCUGUACUGGUGAGA